AUGCAGCCAUCAGCUCCAGUUCGCAACACACGCCGUGUCAAAUCCGACGUGGAGUCUCCUACACCGAGUGGCUCCUCAUCCCAGUUUUCCAACAGGACUUUAACCACGAAGCCUCCACCUAAGAAGUCCUCGCACAGCAAAGUUCUGGCAAAUAAACCUACUAACAAAGCAACCUCUCGCGCAAGUAGCAUCAACAGGUCUCUUCCUUUACGCCCUCACCAACAAGAACGCAAAGCACUUAUGGUCCCAUUUGAAGAACUGCAAGUACACACUGCUAAGUGUGAUGACUGUGACCGUCGAAAUAGCGAGGGCAUGAGUCGAUGCAAGCUAUGCGGAUGGCAAUGUUGUCGCAAGUGCCAGGUAAUUCGUGGCGGGGACAAAACCCAUGAAACUGUCCGGGGCCCGCAUAUCCCAAUCGGAGAGGGUCCUGGAGCGCAAGCUACUACUAGCCUUAUUGAAACGGUAAGUCGACUCGAAGCUGGUGGUGGUGCAACAAGUGAAUUUGCUACUGUUGAACGCACGCCUCCUGCGGCUCAUAUGGUUGCUGAUCAUACACCCACUGUUGCUAAACAGGAUGCUGUCAAAGCAUUGAUGCGUUUGAGUUCCUCGCCUCCAGCAUAUACCAAUAGCCAAUUCGGUGUUGAGAGUCCUGAUACGCCGUCUGCUUCUCGCUCUGUUUCUGCCGACCGCGACCACAACCGCACUCUGGAGGACUUCUCGGAUGUCGAGACUGUGGGUGGCGAUUCUACCAUUACUUGGCUGUCCAACCUGGAUGAGAAUAACGAGGAACUCGAGCCGAUUCUGGAGCCCCUGGGUCUGUGUCGCCGCAACCCACCCCGUGCCUCGCGUCCCACUGACAUGCGCGGCUAG